CACAUUAAACGAGCGAGAAGAAAGACGUCACAUCCGUUUUUGUCAAAGUCGUUGGCAAAUAUGGCUGCGUUUUCUGAAAUGGGCGUUAUGCCUGAGAUCGCCCAAGCAGUCGAGGAGAUGGACUGGCUCCUCCCCACAGACAUCCAGGCAGAGUCCAUUCCGUUGAUCCUGGGUGGAGGCGAUGUACUCAUGGCGGCAGAGACCGGGAGCGGUAAGACCGGGGCCUUCAGUAUCCCAGUUAUCCAGAUAGUGUAUGAGACUCUGAAGGACCAGCAGGAGGGGAAGAAGGGGAGGACCACUGUGAAGACUGGUGGAGCAGUCUUCAACAAAUGGCAGAUGAACCCAUACGACAGAAGCACAGCUUUCGCCAUUGGACCAGACGGACUGUGUUGUCAAAGCAGAGAGUUUAAAGAAUGGCACGGCUGUCGCUCUACCAAAGCAAUCACCAAGGGGAAGUACUACUAUGAGGUAUCAUGUCACGACCAGGGCCUGUGUAGGAUCGGCUGGUCUACCAGCCAGGCAGCUUUGGACUUAGGUACCGAUAAGUACGGCUUUGGCUUCGGAGGAACGGGGAAGAAAUCUCACAACAAACAGUUUGACAGUUAUGGAGAGGAGUUCACCAUGCACGACACCAUGGGAUGUUAUCUGGAUCUAGACAAUGGACACCUCUCCUUCUCCAAAAACGGUACUGACCUGGGCUUGGCGUUUGAGAUCCCAGCUCUUCUGAAGAACCAGCCCUUCUUUGCUUCCUGUGUUCUCAAGAAUGCAGAGCUGAAGUUUAACUUCGGGGGGGAGGAGUUUAAGAAUCCCCCCAAGACGGGCUUCGUAGCAGUGGACCAAGCUGCUGAGGGACAUGUGGUCAAAUCCAGCCAGACAGGCAGUGUUAAGGUGUCGGAGGUGAAGUCUGCGUCCUGUGGUCCCAAAGCUCUGAUCAUUGAACCGUCUAAAGAGCUUGCUGAACAGACCCUCAACAACGUGAACCAGUGUAAGAGAUAUGUGGACAAUCCCAAGCUCAGAGAUCUUCUCAUCAUUGGAGGUGUUCCUGCCAGGGACCAGCUGGCUGUACUGGAACAAGGGGUGGACAUCGUGGUUGGAACACCAGGUCGUCUCGAUGACCUCAUCUCUACGGGGAAACUCACCUUGUCUCAAGUCCGCUUCCUGGUCCUGGAUGAGUGUGAUGGUCUCCUCACUGCCGGCUACACCGACUUUAUCAUGAGAAUCUACAACCAGAUUCCUCAAGUCACCCCGGACGGCAAGCGACUUCAGGUGAUAGUCUGCUCAGCGACGCUCCACUCCUUCGACGUGAAGAAGCUGUCGGAGAAGAUCAUGCAUUUCCCCACCUGGGUGGACCUGAAGGGAGAGGAUUCUGUCCCUGAGACCGUACAUCACGUGGUCGUACCCGUUAACCCUAAACACGACCGCAGCUGGGAACGCCUCGACCGCAAGAACCACAUCCUGGUCAGUCUGGGGUCAGAGAGGAUAGAAGCACUUCCUGGUCAGUCUGGGGUCAGAGAGGAUAGAAGCACUUCCUGGUCAGUCUGGGGUCAGAGAGGAUAGAAGCACUUCCUGGUC